UCACGCUGGCUAUUGUGGGUUUUUCUUUCUUUUUUUUUUUUUUUAUCACCAGGAGACAACUGUGUGGCCUUGCUGGGGUAACGGAGCGGGUGACCAGCUGAAUAAUAACUAAGGGGCAUUAAAAACCAUGGCGGACGAACAAGAAAUAAUGUGCAAGCUGGAGAAUAUCUUGGAAAUACGAAACAAGACGAUCCAGAUGCAGAAGAUUAAGUCUCGCCUAAAGAUGGAGUUUGAGGCUCUGGAGUCGGAGGAGAAGCAUUUAAAAGAAUACAAACAAGAAAUGGAUCUCCUUCUGCAAGAGAAAAUGGCCCAUGUUGAAGAGCUGCGCCUCAUCCAUGCAGAUAUUAAUGUGAUGGAGAGCACCAUAAAGCAGUCAGAGAACGACCUGAAUAAAUUGCUGGAGACAACUCGCCGCCUUCAUGAUGAGUACAAGCCUCUGAAGGAGCAUGUUGAUGCACUCAGAAUGACUUUAGGUCUGCACAGACUGCCCAACUUGAACGAAGAGGAGGAAAAGCUUUCUCUGGAUUAUUUUGAGAAGCAGAAGGCAGAGUGGCAGAAGGAGCCACAUGAGCCCGCCAUCCCAGAAUCUCUUGCUGCAGCUGCAGCAGCGGCGCAGCAGCUUCAGGUGUCCAGGAAGCAAGACGCCCGGCAGACAGCCACCUUCAGGCAGCAGCCGCCACCCAUGAAGGCAUGCCUGUCCUGCCAUCAGCAGAUUCACCGCAACGCUCCCAUAUGUCCGCUGUGCAAGGCCAAGAGCCGCUCCCGCAACCCAAAGAAGCCGAAGAGGAAACCAGAUGAGUAGAUCCUUGUCACAACUUCAACUUCUCGGUAGGGUUUAAACUGCUCCGAUCCACUGAUCUUGGAUCAGCCAGAUUUAUUCCCCCACAUGACUGGAGGAAGUAAAAAAAAAAAAAAAAAGGUCUGAGCUUGAGGACGAUUUCAACACUCUCUGUUUCAGUAACUUUUCUCAGUAUUGUCAGCGCUUAAUUGUGGAUUCAGUGAUGUCAUACAAGUCGUCUGUGUUUUCAUCGCUUUGGAUGUGUUUACUCUAUGUAAAUGUGUGACUUCCACCGUAGUGUAGCAGCUCCCUGAAUAGUAUGUUGCAAUAAUGCAAAGUGAACUCAUUCAAAUACUGUUGCCAUUGUUGCUCCUGUUUGCUUUUAAUUAUCUUGUGUAAUUCAUUCUUCUGCAGUGCAUGCCAUGACUAUUGUGUAGUUUUUGUGACAAUGUAAAAUAACAUGGUUUCUCUAAGUUAAAUACAGUUACACUAUUGUUUUAUGUUUACAGUCAAAACGAAAAAGGGGAAAAAAAACAAAAAAAAAACAGCUAGUAUGUUUAACUUUAAUACUGCGAAAAGGAAAUAAAUUGAUGUUUUGUACUAA